UACCUUUCUCGGCCUUUUGGCUAAGAUCAAGUGUAGUAUCUGUUCUUAUCAGUUUAAUAUCUGAUAUGUGGGCCAUCGGCUCACACGAUAUUAACUCUAUUUUUUAAGGGAGAAAGCCCAUUAAGGUAGCUUGCUACCUGGGUUUUCGUGAGUCGCCCAUGCGUUGCACUACUGCAAGGGCCUGGCUCAUCCCAUCAACUAAUAGUUAUAAAAUUCAUUUGUUUUGUGAAUAUUAUAUUAAAUCCGGAAAAUGUCUAAUGAGACGUUUGUAUCAUUCUUAAACCCUGAGCCUGAGGGAGUAGGCCUGAGAGUUUUUGUGAGAAAACUAAUCAUCGGUGUGUGAUAAUGUCCGAUAGUCUGAAGCAUCCUCUCGGUUCGACGGCUUCUCAGGAAUCGCUCGAGAGAGUCUCAAAGGUUGCGAGAAUCGAGGGGUUCAGUGACGAAGAAGAGGAACAAGAAGAAGAAUUGGUCGACUCGGAGUCGGAGCUGUCCAUGAACCCAGGGAAUCCGAGAUUGCAGCGUUACUUGGUUGCCAUCGAGUAUAUCGGAACUCGUUUCUCCGGUUCACAACAGCAACCUACGUACCGCACCGUCGUCGGUGUAUUGCAGGAGGCUUUUCAUAAGUUCAUUGGUCAGCCAGUUAAGAUCCUCUGCUCAAGUCGAACGGAUGCGGGAGUGCAUGCACUAUCAAAUGUUUGCCAUGUAGAUGUGGAACGCAUCAGUAAAAGGAAGCCGGGUGAAGUGUUACCACCGCAUGAGCCUGAUGUGGUCCAGAAAGCUGUCAACCAUUUUUUACAGAAAAAAGAAGGUGAUGUUAUGGUGAUUGAUGUUCGCUGUGUCCCAAGAAACUAUCAUGCCAGAUAUAAAGCCCGGGAGCGCACAUACUUCUACCGCAUGCUAUCGGGGUCGGAUCCAUUAUCAAUUCUUGAAAAAGACCGUUGCUGGCAUGUUCCUGAGGAGCUAAAUCUUCGCUCUAUGCAGGAAGCAUGCAAAGUUCUUGUUGGAACUCACGAUUUUAGCUCCUUCAGGGCAUCUGGUUGCCAGGUCAAAUUUCUUUUUAUGUUUUUGUUUAAACAUCUCUAUAUGUCAUACACUAUCAAUAUGAAAUGUUCUGAAUGGUUGGACAUAUUCUUACCACCGCAUGAGCCUGAUGUGGUCCAGAAAGCUGUCAACCAUUUUUUACAGGUUAAUAUCUGA